UGUCACGUACCAUCCUGCAUCAAACCUACUUUUACUGAGUUUGUGUUGUAAAAGUGACGUUGUGUUUUUGUAUUAAGUGUUAAGUCUUUCACAAGGGUCUUUGUUAGUUCUAUAGCAGUUGUUGAACUAAAUUGUUUUUAUGGGUGAAUUCAUUGGAAAGCUAGUUAUUCCAAAAAAUAAAUAAAGAAACACAUUUACAACCAAAUAACUACUUUUUAAUUAAUUCAUGAAUUACUGGUGGCGUGUGUUGCGUUCACGCUCAUUCCGAAAUAACAGGGAAUCAAGCUGGUUUUUGUUUUAUGUUUUUACGGUAAAAGGCACUCAAAAGGUACAUGGACCCAAACAGGAUCGCACUUGUUUUUCCACAACACUGCUUUAUCACAGCGUCUAACCCGACGUCCUGAAGGGCCAUAUUUAAGGGGGCCAAGUGGUCCCUAUGGUUGGGAAUAGUAAGGGUCCGCUGAUCUACUCAGGGUCCUGACCAUUGCAGGACAUGCGUGAAUGAAUAGCACGGAGAGUCUGUAAGACCCGCUUCUUGCAACCCGGAGGUCCGCGGCGGUCUCUGGGGCCGCGACCUCCCCUAAAAACAUCACGCUAUUGUCUCCGGGGCUUUUUGUUCUUUCACCCAGCUAGUAAGGAAACACAUUGGAGAUUAAAAAAAAGAGAAGACAACGCGUUGCCCGUGUGACAGAUGGGGCUUUUGUGCGAAAUCCACGACUCGCCACCGACAUGACCUCCGGCGUCACACCAACACGGAGCGCCAGGAUGAAGAAGAAAGCUCGGCAGCACCGAGUGGCGGUGCCGCAGAGGCCCCCGUCUCCCAUCAAGCCCUCCCCCAACAAGCAGAUCCUGACCUACGCCCAGGCGCAGCGCAUGGUGGAGUUCGCCGUCGACGGCCGCCUCCAUCGAAUUAGCAUCUACGACCAGCUGGACGUGGUCUCGGACGACGACCCCAUGGUGCAGGAGAUGAUGGAGUGCACCAGCAAUAAGGAGAACGCGGAGAAACCACAGCAGCAGGUCCUCGUGAGGUCAGUCCGGCUAAAAAACAACCAGGAGAAGAGAAACGCUGCCCUGGGCAUCAAUGUUCAUGGAGAUGGAGGCGGACACCAGGCGGCCAGUAAUGCGGUUCCAAAGCUUCAAGAGCCCAAAUUCCGCACGGUGGAAUACAACCUUCCCGCUGUUCCCAAACCAUCCGCUGCCUUUUACAAAUAUGCAGAGAAGACUGAGGAGGAGCUGGACGAGGAGACGGAGUACGACAUGGACGAGGAAGACUACGCCUGGCUGGAUUUGGUCAACGACAAACGGAGGAGCGAAGGCGUCAGUCAGGUCUCCCACAACGUCUUUGAGUUCCUCGUCGACCGCUUCGAGAAAGAGCUGCACCUGGAGAGCCUGGACCAGAGCAGCGAGAAGCAAGCGCCCGUGGACGAGGACGCCGUCUGCUGCAUCUGCGGGGACGGCGAGUGCCACAACGACAACGCCAUCCUGUUUUGCGACCUGUGCAACGUGGCGGUGCACCAGGAGUGCUACGGCGUGCCCUACAUCCCAGAGGGCCAGUGGCUGUGCAGACACUGCCUCCAGGCGCCCGCGCGGCCCGCCGACUGCAUCCUUUGCCCCAACAAGGGCGGCGCGGUGAAGAAGACGGACGACGGCCGCUGGGGCCACGUGGUGUGCGCCCUCUGGGUCCCCGAGGUGGGCUUCUCCAACACCACCUUCAUCGAGCCCAUCGACGGCGUCGGCCAAAUUCCCCCGGCGCGCUGGAAGCUCACCUGCUACCUCUGCAAGGAGAAAGGCGUCGGGGCGUGCAUCCAGUGCCACCGAGCCAACUGUUACACCGCCUUCCACGUCAGCUGCGCCCAGAAGGCCGGCCUCUUCAUGAAGAUGGAGCCGAUCAAAGACGUGACGGACGCCGGGGAGCACACGUUCUCGGUGAAAAAGACGGCCUACUGCGGAGCCCACACCCCCAGCGGGUGCGUCAGGAGGCCGCUGACCAUCUACGACGCCGCCAAACCCAGAAAUGGACUGUGUAAGAAGGUGGAUAAAGGGCGGGGCGCCGGCAAGGGGCAGUCCAAAGGAAAGAAGAAGAGCAAGAGGCCCGAGCCUGAACCCGAAGCCGCGACCCUCGCCGCCGUGCCUUCGUUUCCUGUUCACAGGUUACAGACCAUCCUGAACCAGGUGUCGGUUCAGAAGAAGAGGGCGUUUGUGGAGCUAGUUCUAAAUUACUGGACAUUAAAGAGGCAGUCCAGGAAUGGGCUUCCCCUCAUCAGACGCCUUCAGACGAGCAUGCUGUCUCAGAAGAACGCACAACCGCGGCAGUGCGAGGAGGAGAGCAGGGCCCUGAAGGACCAGCUGAAGGAGUGGCACCGUCUCCGACACGACCUGGAGCGAGCCCGGCUGCUGCUGGAGCUGAUCCGCAAGAGGGAGAAGCUCAAGAGGGAAGAGAUCAAACUGCAGGAGACCCUCCUAGAGAUACAGUUGAGUCCCUUCAGCAUUUUGCUCAGAGCCCUGUUGGACCAGCUGCAGACAAAAGACCAAGCCAAGAUCUUCACCCAGGCGGUGGAUGUCAAUGAGGUCCCCGACUACCUCGACCACAUCAAGCACCCGAUGGACUUCUCCACCAUGCGGCAGCGCAUCGACACACAGUCCUACAACAACUUUGACCAGUUUGAGAACGACUUCAACCUCAUUGUUGACAAUUGCAUGAAAUACAACUCAAAGGACACCUAUUUCUACCGGGCUGCCGUUCGCCUCCGAGACCAGGGCGGGUCCCUGCUCAGAAAGGCCCGGCGGGACGUGGAGAAAAUAGGCUUUGACUCCGAGAGCGGCGUGCACCUGGCCGAAGCGCCGGAAAUGAAGGUGCCAACAUCGUUUUCGUGGGAGGACGUCGACCGCCUACUGACGCCGGCAAAUCGGCAGCACCUGCCUCUGGACCAGCAGCUGCAGCAGCUCCUGGAGAAGUUUGACCUGACCUGCGCCAUGAAGUCCAGCCCCUCUCGCAGCAAGCGCCUGAAGCUACUCAAAAAGACCAUCAACGACGUGCGCAAUGAAAUGAGCCUAAAGAGAGUGCAGCCCUCCGGCCACCACCACCACCACCAUCAUCACCACCAUCACCACCACCACCAUCAUCAGCACCACCACCAUUCGACUCCCUCCACUUCGGCGUGCUCUUCAUCAGCUGCCUCGCACACGGUGUUGAGUACUCCAAAAGAAGACAGAAUGAAGCUCAAUGGUCAUUUUCCAGAUGACGAGGACAAGUCUCUUCCUCCCAAACUGGAGCCUUCGGACUCCAUCCCCCCACUCAUCCACUCUGGCACCGACCCCGGGCCCCCCACCCUCAGACCCGUCGACGCCGCCCCGGACUGCGAGGACGGGCACCCGAGCGGCUUCGGCGGGGAGGCGCCCGCGCUGCUGUGCUCCGCCCCCUCCCGCCUCAAUGGCCUCUGCCGCGACGGCCUCCGAGGCUCGCAGCUGGACGGGGACGUCAGCGUGGUGGCCACGUCGACCCUGGCGGGGCCCACGGGCAGCGUCAACCGCCGGACCGCCGUGCUCUUCCGCAAGUCGAAGGCCGCCGGCCCCCACAAGGCGCCCGCGAGGAGCAGGGCCGGCGAGGGGCCCGGCGGAGUCAACAGGAAGGGGGGCGCGGAGGAGGAGGAGGAGGAGGGGGAAGAGAAGGUGGGGCUGGAGGAGAAGGAGUCCGGGGAAGGCGGCGCGCAGCUGGGCUCCCAGUCCUUCCUGUCCGUGGUCAUACCCAGGCUGGAGACGCUGCUGCACAGCAAGAAGAGGAAGCACAGCGAGGAGGAGGAGGAGCAGGGAGGAGAGGGGGAGCAGGAAAAGGAGGGGGAGUCCCCCGUGAAGCGGCUCGACACCGGCUUGUUGAGCGGUUUCCUGGAGGUGGUCGAGGAGGAGGAGCCGGUCGGCUCCAACGGGGCCGGUCGACCCGCCGAGCCGCGGAGGCGCUGCGCCUCGGAGUCGUCCAUGUCCUCGUGCAGCAGCCUGCCAGGGAGCAACAGCACUGUUCUCAGCCUUCCAAAAUGUGGGAAGGGAAAACCCGCCCUGGUCCGGAGGAACACUGUGGACGAUAAGAGCGAAUUAAUUGCCUGCAUCGAAACCGGGAACUUUGCAAAAGCUGCUCGAAUCGCUGCCGAGGUUGGCAACAGCAAUAUUUGGAUGCCCGCUAGUGCUGCAACAGUUGCAUUGGAACCCCUGAAGCUAGUUUGGGCCAAAUGUAGCGGAUACCCUUCCUACCCUGCCUUGAUCGUGGACCCGCACAUGCCGCGCGUGGGCUGCCAGCACAACGGGGUGUCCAUCCCCAUGCCCCCCAUGGACGUGCUCCGCAUCGGAGAACAGAUGCAGUACAAAGCCGAAGAGAAACUCUACCUCGUCCUCUUCUUCGACAACAAGCGCAGCUGGCAGUGGCUUCCCAGAUCCAAGAUGGUUCCCCUGGGAAUGGACAAGACCUUAGACAAGAUCAAGAUGAUGGAGGGACGUACAUCCAGCAUUCGCAAGGCCGUCCAGAUCGCCUACAGCCGCGCCAUAAACCACCUGAGCAUCGUGCAGGACGAGCCGGUCAGCGACCUCAGCGACGUGGACUGACUCUGACCGCUCACACACACACACCCUGUUACCUCUCCUGUACCAAUUUCCAUCCUGCUCCCCCGGCUCUCCCCCGUUUCUGCCGGAGACUCUAAUGUUUACUGGGGUCCCCCGCUCACCCCCCCCUCCCCUGCCCUCUUAUCGCGUGCCGAUGGGAUGCCGCCGCCGCCGCUGCUGCUCAAAUGAAUGUGUCCAUCUGACCCUCUCCACCCCGUGUGCUUAGAGCCCGUUCCUUUUAUGCCCGACUCCGAUUCCCGCCUCCAAAAAUAACGAUUGUGCUUUCAAAUGAGAAGAAGAAAAAAAAGCGUGAUCGGCCCCGUAUGUUUUUUGGCAGCCUUGCCCGAACUCGCCAGCGGGGGUCGGGACUUUGUGGUGAGACGAGCGCUUGGCUCCGAGCGUUACGUUUUGACCGAGGGGCCGGUGGACUUGGCGGGCAGCCAGUUCAUCACUUCUCUGUCCAGCUGUUAAAUAAGUCGCUGGUGAAAUAGCUGAAAGUUAGUCAGUGGUUGCCUUCAAUCACCGUACGUCAUACUGGUCAUGUCCAUUUUCACACACCUUCCUUUUGUAUUUAAACUGUAAAUGAUCUGUACAGAUGCCUGACACUAACUUAUUUUGUAGUUUUGACAGAAAUGAGUACUGUACAGGAGUUUUCUUAGUAUUUAUACUCGAUGCAUUCUUGGCACUAACAGUGCUAUUUUGACAGUUGUGUAUGAUCAACGAGAAUAAAAUGGUUAAAGCCUUAGUGUAAAGGAGAUUAGGGCUAAAAUGUAUUCCUUUUUUUAAGUUAUUGAAGUUUAUCAUUGUAAGCUUCCAUUUGGCAUUAAUCCUUUUUGUAUUCCAAAUAGUUUUAGUAUAUUUUUGUUCAUAUAUAUAUUUAUAUGAUUUGAAGUCUCUGAAGCUCAUACAGUCUGAUGUGGACCCAGAACGCGUAUAUUGUACUGAAGAAACCAAAAAGGUCGCUAAAGGUUUUUUUUCUCUUUUUUUUUUUUUUCUUGCUGAUUAAUUUCCUGUGUGAUGUGUGAAAUUAUUGCCAAAAAAGAAGAUAUUACAGUAGAGUGUAUUUUUCUGUGAUACGUCUGACUGUUACUUGGUUUUGCUGUAGUUGGGGCUGCAGUAACUUAUUGUAAAGUAUUUGCAUUACUUUAUAUCCAAGGAAAGACGUGCGAGGUGAUUGUGGUAAAGCGGCACAUUCUAAGGUGGCUACUUGCCUUCUUUUUGAGUAGUUUUUUUUUUUUUUUUUUUUAAACUUCUUUUGUAGUUGUAGACUUCAAGACAUUUAAUUUCAUAUAAUUGCCUAUUUUCUUUCUGGCUAGCAUUGGCCCGCUUUGAUAUAUUUCAUUUUUUGUAUUUAACUGUCGUAGUUUUCUUUUCAUUUUUUUUUCUUCUUUUUAAUCGGGUCGUAUGAAAUAUUGCUGGGGCUCUUUUUUUUUUUUUCUAGCAAAA